AUGUUGUUAGCUCGUGGAACCAGCGAGCCUAGCUUCCCAAAAUACGGCGUCAUCGUUGGUGACCCUGUUGUGAGCAACGUUUCAGCGGAACUGUCUGGAGUACAGGGGUAUCCGGUCCAGUACCCAGCCAGCUCGCAAAUCAUUUCUGGUGGACGGCAAGGCGUCGAUGACAUUGUUCAGCGCUUGACCGCGCAGUCUUCCGCCUGCCCCAAUCAGACCUUUUCUCUGGUCGGCUACUCGCAAGGCGCAAGCAUCAUGCACCGAGCUGCAGACAGACUGCCUACUUCUCUGUUCCCCAAGAUCAAGUCGGUUGUCAUGUUUGGAGACCCAAAUUUGAGGCUGGGCGUAGUUGGAGAUAAGUUCCCUAAUGGUCUGAAGGCAAAGGUGCUGCAGAUUUGUGCAAAGGGCGAUCCUGUCUGUGACUCUGGGUCCUGUCAGUUCUAUCACUUGACCUACAUCCGUCCCGAAUACAUUGAAGGGGCCGUGACGUUUAUCGCGAGGGCUUUCAAGGGUAUGACCCUCUAG